UCGCAGUUCUUCAUUCCAUCAACUCCAUCUCUCUCUCCAUCUCAUCUCAUCUUUCUUACUCGUCUCCCUCCUCUCCUCCCCCACUCCCUCCUCCGCCCUCAACCGCCCCUGCCCCCCUCCUCACCAUGUUCCGCUCUCAGCGCGCCAUCGCUGCCACCUUCCGCAACGCCCAGGCCGUUCGUGGCUACGCCAAGGACGCCGGCCAGGUCACCGCCGCCUACGCCCAGCAGAAGGACGCCAACGGCAACUACACCGUCACCCUCAUCCCCGGCGAUGGUAUCGGUCCCGAGAUCGCCGACAGCGUGCGCGCGAUCUACUCGGCUGCCAAGGUCCCCAUCGUCUGGGAGGAGGCCGAUGUGACUCCUAUCCUCAAGGACGGCAAGACUUCAAUUCCCGAGGAGGCUAUCCGCAGCAUCAAGAAGAACACUGUCGCGCUCAAGGGCCCCCUUGCGACUCCCGUCGGCAAGGGCCACGUCUCGCUCAACCUCACCCUCCGCCGCACCUUCUCCCUCUUCGCCAACGUCCGUCCUUGUGUGUCCAUUAAGGGUUACAAGACGGCGUACGACGAUGUCAACACCGUUCUCAUCCGUGAGAACACCGAGGGCGAGUACUCCGGCAUCGAGCACGUGAUCGUCCCCGGUGUCGUUCAGUCGAUCAAGCUUAUUACCUACGAGGCAUCUGAGCGUGUUGCGCGCUACGCCUUCCACUACGCCCAGUCGUCCGGCCGCAACAAGGUCACCGCCGUCCACAAGGCUAACAUUAUGAAGAUGUCGGACGGCAUGUUCCUCACUGCCUGCCGUGCCGUUGCCAAGGAGUUCCCAAGCGUCGAGUACGACGAGGACAUCCUCGACCGCAUCUGCCUUAGAAUCACCCAGAACCCCGCGCCCUUCGCCGACCGCGUCAUGGUGAUGCCUAACCUGUACGGUGACAUUCUCUCUGACCUCUCUGCCGGCCUCAUUGGCGGUCUCGGUCUGACGCCCUCGGGCAACAUUGGCCGCGACGCUUCCAUCUUCGAGGCUGUCCACGGUUCCGCGCCAGACAUUGCCGGCAAGGGCAUGGCCAACCCCACUGCUCUGCUUCUCUCGUCUCUGAUGAUGCUCCGUCACAUGCGCCUGAACGACUACGCCGACAAGAUUGAGCACGCUGCCCUCUCGACGAUCGCCGAGGGCAAGCACAUCACGCGCGACCUCGGCGGCAACGCUGGCACCAAGGAGUACACGGACGCCAUCAUCAAGCGCCUCCAGUAAAAUAUCAGCAGUAGACCUAUGGCGGGGGCAAAGGGGCUCCAACAAUGCAUCGGAUAAUACGACCGCCGGCGCUACGCGUGGCGGCGCUUGGGCCUGUGAAUUCCGUGAGCCAC